CUCGGGACAGUCUGGCUUUCUACUGGUCGAGAGGAGGGGCGCGCCAGCGAGGCGGAGCUUGCGGAGGUUGGAGACGCCCGGGCCCGCCUCCUUCUUAGUAGUCCGAAGGGGCCUGCGCACAUUUUGAUUUCCACUCUAGAGCCGGAUCACCAUGGCGACUGGACAGAAGUUGAUGAGAGUUAUUCGAGUUUUUGAAUUUGGUGGACCAGAAGUGCUGAAACUCCGGUCGGAUGUUGCAGUGCCAUUUCCAAAAGAACAUCAGGUUCUAAUCAAAGUCCACGCAUGUGGUGUAAAUCCAGUGGAGACAUAUAUUCGCUCUGGCACUCACAUUAUAAAACCAGUCUUACCUUAUACUCCAGGCUCAGAUGUGGCUGGGGUCAUAGAAGCUGUCGGAGAUAAUGUGUCUGCUUUCAAGAAAGGUGACCGAGUUUUCACCACUGCCACCCUCUCUGGGGGCUAUGCGGAGUAUGCCCUGGCAGCUGAUCACACUGUUUACACACUGCCUGAAAAACUGGACUUCAAACAAGGAGCUGCCAUCGGGAUCCCCUAUUUUACUGCUUAUCGAGCUCUGUUGCACAGUGCCCGAGUGAAGGCUGGAGAAAGUGUCCUGGUUCAUGGGGCUAGUGGAGGAGUUGGAUUAGCAGCAUGCCAGAUUGCUAGAGCUCAUGGCUUAAAGGUUUUGGGCACAGCCAGUACUGAGGAGGGACAGAAGAUUGUUUUGCAGAAUGGAGCCCAUGAAGUGUUUAAUCACAAAGAAGUGAAUUACAUUGAUAAAAUUAAGAAAUCUGUUGGUGAGAAAGGAGUCAAUGUGAUUAUUGAAAUGUUAGCUAAUGUGAAUCUUAGUAAUGAUUUGAAACUUCUGUCGCGUGGAGGACGAGUAAUAAUUGUUGGAAGCAGAGGUCCUAUUGAAAUAACCCCACGGGACAUCAUGCCAAAGGAGUCUAGUAUAAUUGGAGUCAGUCUGUAUUCCUCGACUAAGGAGGAAUUUCAGCAGUUUGCAGCAGCUCUGCAAGCCGGAAUAGAAAUUGGAUGGUUGAAACCUGUAAUAGGUUCUCAGUAUCCACUGGACAAAGCAGCACAGGCUCACGAAAAUAUCAUUCAUAAUACUGGGACUACUGGAAAAAUGAUUCUCCUCUUGUGAUGAUUUAUUCUUCCAUGAAUUUCCUAUGUAGUUAGCAGCUUUCUUUCCCCUACUUUUAUUCACACUAUCUUUUCUUUCGUUAACACUCAUUUUAUUCAGUGCAUUUCUUAUAUGAGAAAGUGAAUUUCUUGAACAUGAUAUUUCUUUAUUGAGCAGAGGCAGUGCAAUAAAAUUACUUUAUAAUUCACAAUAUUUUGUAAUGCCAUCUAUCCUGAAUUGAGGAAUCAUCAUUGUAGGAGAUAGCAUGUUAGUAGUCAUUUGGCAUUGGAGUGUUCUCUAGAAAUUUUUAACUGAUCCUUGAUUAAUUCCAAAUUUUUGACUAAAACAUGCUAAUUCAAGGUAAGACUGCUUGAUUUUCCAGAAUAACUAGAUGUGAUUUCAGGCCUCCUUAUCUUUAUAAAGGUUCUUUAGUUGCUGAUUAGCCCAUAAUCGGCUCUGAUGAUUUUCUGGACUGAAAAAAAAAAUCUUUUUUUCAAAAUAUUCUUACCUGGAUCUCUAAGUCUCAUCCAAGGACAGGGAUAUACAAUGUCUGGACAAGUUGAUUGGUUUUUCAACUGCUACCCCAAAUAUUGGAAUAUUCACUGUAUUAUUGGUUGGUUGCCAAUGACUCACCUGUUCCUAAAGGAUAGCAUACUCAUGCAGUACUAGGUAUACAGUCCCCAACUAGACUCUUAUUGUUUGAUUACAUUUUCAGAGUAGAUUUAGAGUUAUCUUUGCAUGAUGGGAAUCAUAUGUUUUUAUUUAAUUAAUAAGUUUACAACUUUGACACAUUAAGAAUGUGGCUGGUCCUGGUGCACAGUAUGAACCCAGAUUUACCUCUCUCUCUCUCAUAGAUAAAGCUCUCACUCUUCCAUGAUUUCUCUCACUAAAUAAAAGCCUAAAUGUUAAAAAAAAAAAAAAGAAUGACCUUUUGUGUUUAUAACAUGGUAAUUCCCAAUAAAUUCAAUAGAAAAUUAAAA